UAAAGUAUUAAUUUUAUGUGUAGUAAAAUAAGGAUUUGGUAGUUUUUGUAUGUUAACAGCUAUUUUAAGUAAAAAAAAAUUAAAGAACUAAACAUUUUUUGUGAUUUUUUAUUGGAUUCAAUUCUGUGAUUUUCAAGAAGCAAUAUAGCGAAAACCGUUUUAGGAUCCGUUCAUUAGAUCAGAAGUUACAGUCCCAUGACCACUUUUUCAUAGUUUCGAUCCACUGUGCGGCAUCUCCUAAAGUGUGGGCAUAUUUUUUGGUAUUUCAUUGUGUAUCGUUUGUUCGUCAUCUUUGUUUAUACUCACUACACUACGUAUAUUGAUAAAUAAAAUGAAUUUCUUGCUUACUUACUUACUACAGAAGUCUUUAUCAAACUUAUAGUGAGUUAAUAACGAUGACGAACGCACGAUACACAAUGAAAUACCCAUUACCCACACUCAGUGAUGCUAAAAGUACUCCGAUAUUAGUUUUUUUACUACUUUCGUACACCACCCUUCUUUACCGUACUCCUAAUUUAUUUAAACUGGAAAAAUCUUUUAGAUGGUAAAAGUGAAAUUUGUAUGAAAUCUAUUUGACCUCAAAAUUGCUUGCAAUUUAGUUGCUCUUAAUAACAAAAACAAGUACCUAAAAAUAAAAAUACCACAGUAAAAAGGCAGUGGAAUAAAUUAUUGUUGAAUACAAUAAAAAUGAUUCUGCUGCUGUUGCUAAAAUCUUAAGGGAAUGGGUUUGUUGAUAAAAAAGAGUUUUGUUGCUUUUAAUUAAGUAAAAGAGAAAAAAUUUCAACUACAGAAAACAGAGCUCUCUGCUGAUUAAGUUGAUUAACAUCACAUCAAUAUUUUUGAAAAUAUCCAAUAAAAUGUACCUAUAAGGCUUUGUUAAGCAUAACUAAAAAAUCAAAAUAUCACUAGGAUAUUUUAGUUCAUAUCCUGGACUUGGAUUAAAUUUACGGCGGAUAAAAUAAAAGUAAACUACAUCAAAAAUUUUUAAAGAAUUUUAAAUCAAAAAUGCCAAUUUUUUGCUUUUAAUACAUAAAUUUUCUCGCAUAGCUCAUUUUGGAAUGCUUCCAACUUUUUGUACUACCUACUAUUUUUUUUUGCUAAAUACUCCCCAUUUUUGGUUGCUGUACCUACUGCCUUAUGUCGUUUUCUAUUGACUUUUGAGAUUUUUGUGUAAAAUCCUCAGAUUUUCCACUGCAAAUAGAAUACGAAAUCUAGUUUUGUAAUUGUGUGCGAAAUCUGUGCGUAUAAAAAAAUAAAACAACAACAAAUGUUCAGAAAAAUGUCAAACAGAGGAGUGUGUGUGAAAGUGCGUGUGUUUGUGUGCGUGAAUCUUGAUAAAAAUCCAGAAUCAGAUUCUUGAAUCUCAGAUUCAUUUUUUUGUCAUUUUUUUGAAUCUCAGGACGCAAAUAGAUCAUGAAAUCUGAGAUUUGUCCACUAUUUCCCCUCUUCACCCCCCCCUUUCAGCUGUCAAAUUCACAAAUCUCAAUCUGAGAUUCGUCAAUAGAAAACUACAUUACAGAAAUUCUCUUCGGCAACUAUGCCCAUACUUAGGGGAUCCUGGCAGGACAGCACUUGAUAAAUGCGAGGGGAAGAUACAACGGUUGUUCCUUUUUUUUUCUUUCUUUUUUUGUUGAAAAGGAAAAAAGUAACCAAUUAUCAAAUUUUCCAUUAAAAGAUAUUUUAAGAAAAUUUAAUAGAUAAAGGUAUCCUAUAAUAGAAAAAAACAGAUAGAUUUCGAAUUGAAUGAAUUAGUGGCAGCGUAGUUCCAAUUUUUUUUUUUUUAAGCAUAAGAGUAAACGAAUAUUCAAAUUUAAAAUGCAUCAAUUAAGAGAAUUGGUAGAUACUUUUCAGUUAUCUGUUCGUUUAAGAGAUGUUUCUAUUUGAGUCACUCAAAAAUGUAACUCAGAACCACACCUGGUUAAAAAUAUUGAAAGCCAUUUUAAUUUAUAAAAUUUUGGAAUAAGGAAUCGUGGUCAUAAUUUCGUUAGAAUUAUUAAAUCAAACUAUUUUUGGUUUUGAUUAUAUCUAAGUUUUAAAUAAGUAUUUCAUUUUCUACAUUACCUCAAAUUAAGAACGAAACAAAAUAGGAAAAACUAAUUUAGUUCAUAGGAACACUGUUCAUCACAUGCGUACUCGUAGUAAGAUAAAAGAAAGUCUUUAUUCUCCCAUCCACAAUCAAAUGAAUAUAUCCAAAAAAUUCUCCGGCGUCGUCAGUUUGUAAGCAUAUUCGAUGACGAACUGUUGAGUUAAUUUUGAGGGUUUCGUGAAUGAAGAGCGAAUUUUUAUUUCAAAAGUGUUUGAUACAUUACAUGUGUCUUAAUGUGAAAUAGAAGGAGUACAACUUAAGAACAUUAUUUUUUACAAAGUGUUAAUAUAUGUUUUAAAUAGUUUGGUUGUGAUUGACUGCAUUAAAAUAUAAAACUCAUCGACAUGGUUGAAGAAGUUCCGGCAAAAGGGAACGUUUUAGGAAAAUGUGUUCCCGCAAGAUAUAUUCUUGCAGUUCUCGGAUCUUUGGGUAUGGCCAUAGUAUAUGGAUUAAAGGUAAACCUCAGUGUGGCAAUGGUGGCAAUGUUGAAUCACACUGCUAUUGAACACGGAUCAAUAUAUGAAUCUAUAACGAGUCUUGGAAACAACACUUCUUCUGGAGAAAACUGUGGAAGUUCUGACAACGAUGCAGGUGCUGCACCCGAGGGAGGACCGUUUGUUUGGAGUGAACCUCUACAAGGAACACUUCUUAGUUGCUACUUCUGGGGCUAUAUAGUGUCGCAAAUUCCUGGUGCUCGGGUUGCUGAAAACUAUUCGGCGAAAUGGGUGAUGUUUUUUUCAGUUGCCAUUAAUGUCAUUUGUACGCUUCUAACUCCAGUUAUGACAAACAUUCACUACGUUGGCCUAAUUAUUCUACGUGUUCUGGAAGGCAUUGGUGGUGGUGCCACAUUUCCUGCCAUGCAUUGUAUGAUCGCUGCAUGGGCUCCACCGAACGAAAGAAGUGUUAUGUCUACUAUAAUUUAUGUGGGAACAGCUUUUGGAACUGCAAAAUCUAUUUUAACAGCUGGUAUACUUGCUGGUAAAUUUGGAUGGGAGUCAGUAUUCUAUGUAAUGGGGGGUGCAAGUUGCCUGUGGAUGGUGUUAUGGGUCAUUCUUGUUCAGGAUAGCCCUAGCAAACAACCUCUUAUUAGUUACGAAGAACGUACGAUGAUCAACUCACAGCUGGGUACAACACAAACUGAAGAAGUUACGGAAAAGCAACCUCCAGUGCCAUGGAAGAAAGUUAUGACAUCUGUUCCUUUUUGGGCCAUCUUAAUAGCCCAUGUCUGCAGCAAUUGGGGCUGGUAUAUGUUUUUGAUUGAAAUUCCAUUCUACAUGAAGCAAGUUCUGAAAUUUAAUGUUUCAAAAAAUGCUGUAGCCAGUGCUCUUCCAUACUAUCCAAUGUUUUUAUUCAGUAUUGUUUUGGGAAAAGUUUUGGAUACUUUAAAAGCAAAAGGCUACUUUUCAACAACGAUUUGUAGAAAGACGGCAACUAGUUUUGCAACCUUAAUACCUGGGAUAUGUUUACUAAGCCUCUGUUUUAUUGGAUGUCACAGAGACGCAGCUGUAGCUUUGAUGACAUUGGGCAUAAUAGGAAUGGGUGGAAUGUUCUCCGGAUUUUUAUCAAAUCACAUUGAUAUUGCACCUAAUUACGCAGGAACUCUCGUAGCACUUACAAACACUGUAGCUACUCUUCCUGGAAUAAUAGUGCCGCUUUUUGUUGGAUUUAUUACAAAAGGAAAUCAAAAUAUUGGCGCUUGGAGAGUAAUUUUCGGAGUAACGAUCGUUCUGUUUACCAUAGAAUUCAUAGUAUUCACUCUUUUUGGAUCAGGCGAAGAACAAUCUUGGAAUAAAACGAUAGCAAAACAUGACGCUGAAAGUGCAAAGCACGAUGAAAGUACACCACUAAAAAAAAAUAAUGGAUCUAGCCCAGUUCGUAGCGAAAUUCUUUAAAUAUACUUGUAAGAUUCAUUUUAUAACGGGGAUUACACAGAAAUCUUACAGAACUAACUUAAAAGAAUUUUUACACCAAAGACGAACUUACAGUUGAAAUAAGUUUUAAAAGUUGCAAAAUUAAAUACCACAAAUGCUUUCAAACUCUCAAACUUUGAAAAUACAACUUUCCACGAGCUGACAACUCAUAGAUUUUAUCUAAAAAGCAGAUCGAUCAAGAAUAAUCUCAAGUAAAUAAAGUAAUUUCCGUAGAUAAAACGUGUGUAAUUCCCGUCUAUGAGAAACUUAAGCUCAAAAAUAAAUUGAAGCCAAGUAUAAUUUUUAUUUUAUUAUGUUAAUAUUUUGAGACAUCUUCUAUUGUACUUAAUUUUAAGGAGUUAUGUACUUUUUUAUUAAAAAAAAUACUUAUUGAAAACAAAAAUCUGCUAACUAACUAAUUGAACAGAACUAUCAAGUUCCAGCCAUAAAACCCAUGAGCUAGCUCGCAUAGGCUUAUGUCAAAAUCAAACGAACUGCGUCGUUCUGUUUCUGAAAACUAGUGACUACGCUUUCAGAACAAAAAGGUCGCAAAUAAGCAAAAUUGUAAAUUGUCGCUUUUCUGUCCAAACAGUCGCUAUUUGGAAAAAAAUAGCUCAACUGUAUUCAAUUUGUUUUAGGCUAGGCGCACACAUGCGAUUUUAGUCGCACGAUUAUUCAGUCGCAAAAAUGGAUCACACGCAUUUCAAUGCCGGUAAACACACAUGCUUCUAAAAAAUAGCCGCGAUUAAAAAAUUGAAAAUUGUCCCAUUUUUUUGGCGACGCGAUUGUCGAAAAUUAAAAUGCAACAAAUGGACCAGCAUAGUUAUGCACACACUUGCGACUAAACCGAAAACGACUAAAAAGUAGCGGUCCCAAAGAGGCCAAAUCAUGCGCACACAUGCGAUUUUCAACCACUCGAUUUUUUAGACGCAAGAAAUGAAACACAUUAUUUUAAAUGAGAGUGCACAGACAUGCGAUUUUAAAAUCGCAAAGUUUAAAAAAAUGGAUCCGGUUCUAUUUUUCGCGAUUUUUUUUUGCUGCACAUAAGGAUAUAUUAUACAGAAUAUAAUGCACCUGGCCGCACGUGCGACACUUGGAACAAUUGUCUUAAGUACAAUAAUGGAUAUUACUAGAAAUUCUUGUAUAGUGGCUCUUUUUUUAUAAACGAUAGGAAAUUUAAAAGGACAAUUCCAUAAAAUUCAUAAAAAUUUAAGAGAAGACCCUCAGAAAUUUACCCAGUACUAUAGAAUGAGUAUUCAAUGCUUUGGUGAAAUAAUGGUACUCGUGGGGCCUUAAAUAAGAUACAAACAAACACAUUGCAGAGAAUCUAUUUCUAAUCUGGUAAACAAGCUGUCAAACCCUUACAAAAUUUUGAGACAUUUAUCACUUUACCACUUUUACAGUGAGUAUCUCUUGGCUCUUUUGAUCUUGAGAAAAAACAUUGUUUGGUCGAAAAAAGUUGACCGUUUUUCGAUAAAAAAAAAUGCAUCAUUUUUUUAUCGAAAAACGGUCAACUUUUUUCGACCAAACAAUGUUUUUUCUUGCAAUAAAAAAUAGCCGCGCGAUUUUUUAGUCGCAAGUGUGUGCACGGUACUUUUAUGUUGCGACUGCGAUUUUUUAGUAGCAACGACUGAAAAUCGCAUGUGUGCGCCUAGCCUUAAAGAUAAAAAACACACAAGUUGUCUUGUUACAAGGUUUUUAUUAACAACAGCCAAAUAAUACGUUAAGAAAUUAGAAAAAGUCUUCAUUUUACGAAAUUAUAAGGAUCCCAAGAACACGAGGUAAUAUUAUUAUUAUAUACUUAAAAUAUUUUUUUUCUUUAACAUAAGCCGUGUUCAUAAGUACAUAAAUGUGCACUUACUUAAUUAAAACUUUGAUAAAUAGAUUGCUAGUGAUAAACAAAACUAUUAGUUUAUUGUGGUACAGCGUAAAAUUUUUGCUUACAAAUAUAUAACUUAUAUUUUAUUUAACCUUCAACAACAAACAGUUACCAAUAUUAAAUGAAACAGUUGGCUAUUUUGUGAGUCAAAAGCAAACUUAACAGCAGUAUACAACAAUCGAACUCGAGAUAACAAUCAAACAUGGCAUGACGGCUCUAACGAUUUUGUAAAAAAAAAUGAAAUGUGAAAAAUUUGGGCCGUAAUUAACGGUUUUCCCUAAGAACCGAUUUCAAUAAAAAAUUUUGAACAUAAACGUUUUAGUGGCCUUAAUAUUAAAAUAGCUGUGUUUUUUUUUUUUUGCCAUUACUAUCCGUAUUUGCAAGUGGCGUUUGCAUGCAUUACAAAAACAAUACGCAGCUGCCGAUAGGAAUAGAAGCUAAACCAAGCUUGGCAUAGAAUUUUGACGAUGUGUAUAAGUUUACGUUUUUCUUUCUCUUGGUUUGCACAUACAUUUUUGUUCAGUGUUGGUAUUUGGGAAAUCCUAUCCUAUUUUAUUGCUAAUAUUAAUUGAUGGAGGUCCUGCAAUAUGAUUUACCAGAUCCCGUCCAGGAUAUUCAACUGAUUCAACUAGCUGCUUUAUUCAUAUUACGAACACGAUGACGCUCCAGCCCAUUAAGGACACGAAUUUUAAAAUUGGCUGAUGAAGAGUACGGUAAAAUCAUUGGAUGGGAAGAUAUUGUUCAAUAAGCUACAAGAUCUACUAACUGUAAA